AUGGCGAAGAGUGUCCGCGCCAGUGUGCAGAAGCGCAACAAGGCCAAGCUGCGUGCCACCGUCUUUGGACCGGUGGUGGAUGCGCGGACUGAGAGACUCUCUGCGAAGCUGUUGGAGCUUGCCUCUCAACCGAAGCCCAGCACUGAAGAAAAGCCCGAGUCUGCCCAACAGGAAGAACAGUCGAAGACGGCGGAAUCCAAUGAAGACAUGGACAUCGACCAGAAUGCCUCCCAGGGCCGUUCGCGCAAGUCGGGUCGCAUCCACAAGCGCCACAGCAACCGGAAGAACCGUUCCUCUAUCGUUUUCCAGACGAAGCCUAAGAAGGGUUCCAAGAGACGCUGA